AUGUAUACGUCAAGGAACAGGAUCCAGAAAGACAAGGGUGCUGAACCCACUGAGUUUGAAGAGUCGGUUGCACAAGCAAUCUUUGAUUUGGACAAUGCAGGCACUGAUCUGAAAAGUGAAUUGAAGGAUCUCUAUAUUAAUUCUGCUGUUCAAGUUGAUGUGGCUGGGAACCGGAAGGCUGUUGUUGUUCAUAUACCAUAUAGACUGAGGAAGGCUUAUCGCAAGAUCCAUGUUAGGCUCGUGAGGGAGCUAGAGAAGAAAUUCAGUGGAAAGGAUGUGAUCCUGAUUGCCACACGGAGGAUAGUGAGGCCUCCAAAGAAAGGCUCUGCUGUUCAAAGACCCCGCACUCGUACCCUAACUGCCGUGCACGAGGCAAUGUUGGAGGACGUUGUUUUGCCUGCUGAGAUUGUUGGGAAGCGCACCAGAUAUCGACUUGACGGAUCCAAGAUAAUGAAGGUGUUCUUGGACCCCAAGGAACGAAACAACACCGAAUACAAGCUGGAGAGCUUUUCUGCAGUUUACAGGAAGCUUUCAGGAAAAGAUGUUGUGUUUGAGUAUCCAAUAACUGAUGCUUAG